AUCGUGUUGAAGAUGAAGAACUUCUCCUGUUUGCUGGUGUUGCUUUUCUGUGGUCUGUCUGCAGCUCUGGAAGACCGCAAGUCGACACAAGAUACGCAGUUUAACUCCACAGCAUUGGAAGACAGGCCGAAACUUCUAGAAAGCAUGCAAGCCAGGCCGAAACUUCUAGAAAGCAUGGAAGACAGGCUGAAACUUCUAGAAAGCCAAGUUGAUCAGCUCCGAAAGAAAGAGAGAACACAGGUCAUCUUCUCUGCUGGGGCAGGAGGAACUGGAGCAAUUGGUCCUUUCAAGGUUGACACCAAAAUGACUUACAAAAGUGUCAUCACUAACAUUGGCAGGGCCUACAAUUCAAAUACAGGAAUCUUUACCGCCCCAGUGAAAGGGGUGUACUAUUUCUGCUACUUCUAUCAUGCAGGAGGCAAGAGGAAAUCAGCUCUAUCUCUACACAAGGACGGAAGACUAAUCGUCACCACAUCAGAUCACAAAGCUAAGGAUGGGGCUGACAACGGGGGUAACGCAGUGACCCUGGAGCUGAACGAGGGGGACCCGGUCUAUGUGGUCAUGGCCCCUAAUACUCACGUUUGGGGGGAGCGCGCUGGUCAUACCACUUUCAGUGGCUUCCUCCUCAGUAGUGACUAGGAUUUGUCAGUAUUUUUUUCU